AUGCCCGAGGGGGGGGGGGGGGGGCGGUUUCGCUCCGGCUCGGCUCGGCUCGGCGCGGCCAUGGGCCGGCAGCGGGUCCCGGGCGCGCAGGAGUGAGCUGUUGGUGACACCGGUGGGAGCAGCAGCUGCGAGCACGGGUUGGGACGUGGGGCUCCCUCUUGGCCACCACGAGCAGCUCCUUGGAGCCCCCGGCAGCGUGGCACCAGCCCUUCCCUCCCCGCAGCAAUGCCCAUCCUCAAGCAACUCGUCUCCAACUCUGCCCACUCCAAGAGGCGCUCGCGGGCUGACCUGACGGCCGAGAUGAUCAGCGCGCCCUUGGGGGAUUUCCGCCACACCAUGCACGUGGGCCGGGCAGGGGACGCCUUUGGGGACACCUCCUUCCUCACCAGCAAGGCUGGGGAGCCGGGGCCGGAGGUGGGCGAGGAGCUGGGCACCUCCAAACCCAGCCUGCUGUCCCGCCGCUUCCGCAGCAGCAAGCGCUCGCAGUCGGUGACGCGGGGGGACCGUCGGGACAUGCUGGGCUCCCUGAGGGACUCGGCGCUCUUCGUCAAGAACGCCGUCUCCCUGCCCCAGCUCAACGAGAAGGAGGUGGACAGGAGCACGGGGCAGCUGCCCAAGAGCCUCUCCUCCAGCCCUGUCAAGAAGCUGCCCGAGGAGGGGAGCCUGGAAGAGCAGCAGCAGCGCCCAAACGGGGCGGCCGCGGGGCCGCUGAGCCCCGGCUUGGAUGAGCGCGACUUCGGGGACAUCACGGAGCUGCCUGUCGUGGUGGCCAAGAGCGGGGCGGGCAUGAAGCACGCGGAGUCCAUCAUGUCCUUCCACAUCGACCUGGGGCCCUCCAUGCUCGGGGACGUCCUGAGCAUCAUGGAUAAGGAGCAGUGGGAGCAGGACGAAGACCCCGAGGCGGAGGAGAGCUGCGAGGAGGAGGCGGAUGCCGCCCUGCCCGGCUCCCCGGUGGCCGUGGCAGCCCUGCAGAUCCAGAGCCCCUCCCGUGGCACUGGUGGGCGCUCCCCCAGGGACAGCACUUUGGUGUCCAUCUCCAGCCCCGUCCCUGGGCCGCUGAGCCAGCGGGGGGGGGCCCCUGAAACGCCCUGACAAAGAGUUCUCCUUCGCCGACGAGGAUGACGACGAAAUCCGAGUAUAAAAGGCGAGCGGCCGAGCCAAGGGCUCUGGUUCUUGUUUGUGGUUUCUUGGACACGGAGACAAAUAUCCCGGUGCUACAAUGGGUGCACCAGGGGAGACUCAGCUCCUCCCUCUUCCCUCUCCCCACCCAGCAGUGGGUGCCCCACGGCAGGACAGAGCUCUGCUCCUGGGGCUCUCAGCACCCAGAGAGCUCCAGCACAACCCGGGAGGGGAAGCAGACUGGAUUUUGGUUCUUUCUGUUGAACUUUGGAUAUUAGCUCCCUUCCCCUUCACCCACGUAAAGCAAUAUAGGAUCCAACAAGUCGAGGCUUUGAAAGUUUAGCCCCUUUAGUAAUAUAUAUCUAUUUUUUUCCCCGCCGUAUGGUUUUUACUGCUCUCUGAUUUGUACUUAACUUUCUUUACUCUCGCUUUCGGUUUUAAUGGAGGGGAGAUUUCUCAUGAGGAAGGGCUUGACUCUGGAGCUCAGAGGGGGUCCCCAGGACUGUGGGCAGCUCCAACUCCCUGGCCUUUCUUGGGGACCUUCUGCAGACCAGGAGCCCCCAGCCCCAUGCUGCAGGCUCACUCCCCAUCCCUCGGAUGGAUGGACCCAUCCCAGCUCCCCUCCAAGCAGACCAGGGAUGCUGAUGGGAGGGUGGCUCUGAGGGACAGAGCCAGGGUGGCCCCAGUGUCCCCGGGUGGCUUCAGGGCCAUGCUCACACUGGCCUGGUGCAGGCAGGGGGUCUUGGGGGGGUUUUGUACCAUGUAUGUACCAAUGUGAAGAAUAAAAGGAAACGGUAGUGACA